AUGGGUAGAAUUUCCUCCGCAGUAGAAGUUCCCGAACUACGCCGCCGCUCGCCUGAAUCCCGUAAUUACCACCGUCGUAGACAUAGCCGCAGCCGCAGCAUGAGCCGGAGCCGGAGUCCGGGCUACAGUCGUAGCCCGCCUAACAACAGCUACAACAGGUACCGACGCUCUUCUCCUGAUUAUUCUUCGUACCGUAGACGUAGUCCAAGGUCUGAUGAAACCCCACAGUCCGACGGAAGAAAUAGAAACAGGUAUGAUGAUAGAAAGAAACCGUUUCUCGUCCGCGAUUAUAAAAAUGGAAGACAUGGGGAGUCUGAAUCGGAUGAAGAAUUGAGAAGCUUGGGAUUCGAAGAGUACAGGAGGCUUAAGCGCCAGAAAUUGAGAAAAUUGCUCAGGAACUGUAUUUGGAAUAGUACUCCUAGCCCUCCUAGGGAUCCAAACCAAUCCUCAGAUUUGGAACCUGAGGAUGAGAUUACCAGGAAAGUUGAAGAAGAAAAAGAGAGCAGAGUGGAUAACAAAUUAAAGUCUGGUUCGAAAAAAUUGAGUAGCGAUUCAUCAGAGAGUGAAUUUGAGUCGGAGCCUGAGGAUUUUGAAUCUAGAUCAGAUGAUUCGCUGCCGAGGAAGAAGAGGAAGAGUAGAAAGUUGAGUUCCAGGCGCAGGGGGAGGAGGUCAAAAUCUGUAUCUGAGAGCGAGAGUGGGUCAGAGGAGUCGGGUGAUGAUGAUGAUUCCGAAGAAGAAAAUAGGAGAAGGCGGAGGAGAAAAUCGAAGAAAAAGAGCAGUAGGAAAAGUAAGAGGUCUGAGAGUAAUAGGAGGAAGAAGAGCAAUAGUAGAAGGAGGAGCUAUUCAAUUGAAAGCAAGACUGACGAGAGUGAAACUGAGGAUUCCGAUGCUAGUGAUCAUGUUAAGUCAAAGAAGGGGAAGCGUGCCUCAUCUUUGAAGUCUCAAAGCUGCAAGAAGAAGAGAGAAUUUGAGAGUUCCAAUGCCGAUGAAAGUAGCUCUGAUUCUGAAAUUGAUGAAAAGAACGCUAAGCAGAAGGUAGAAGAGGCUAAAGUGAGUGACGAGAAUAAUGCAGAGUUGCUCAAGUUUAAGGAAAUGAUUGAGUCUAGGAAGAAACUGACUCUGGAUGAUGAACAGGUUGUUGGGCCAAUGCCUUUGCCAAGGGCAGAAGGGCACAUUAGCUAUGGUGGUGCACUUAGGCCCGGUGAAGGUGAUGCCAUUGCACAGUAUGUUCAGCAAGGUAAGCGUAUCCCUCGCAGAGGUGAAGUGGGCCUUUCGGCUGAGGAAAUUCAGAAGUUUGAGACUCUUGGUUAUGUGAUGAGUGGUAGUAGGCAUCAGAGAAUGAAUGCCAUCCGUAUCAGAAAAGAAAACCAAGUUUACAGUGCUGAGGACAAACGAGCGCUGGCAAUGUUUAACUAUGAGGAGAAGUCCAAGCGUGAGCAGAAGGUUAUGGCUGAUUUGCAGCGUCUGGUGCAGCGCCACAUUGGGCAGGAUUCUGGUCCUUCUCACGAUCCUUUUGCUGGGAGGGCUGGCGAGGGUGAUGAUACUUGA